AGGAUUGUCUAAUCUCUAUCGGCCAUUUUGAGAGAGGGAGAUCGGUCCGGAGCCUGUGCGGUUUGUUUUGUUUUUAUUUUCCCGUAUUCUUACAGGGCUACUGAAGCUUUUUUAAAUACAAUUUUAAGAACCGGCAUAGAGGCGCCGAGAAUUUCAUCUCCUCCCAGGUCUCGUCCUAAUAUCGCAUGUCCACUAUCCAGAACCUCCAAUCUUUCGAUCCCUUUGCUGAUGCAACUAAGGGUGACAACUUAGUCCCAGCAGGGACAGAGGACUACAUCCACAUAAGGAUCCAGCAGCGCAACGGCCGAAAGACGCUGACCACCGUGCAGGGCAUCGCAGAUGAUUACGACAAAAAGAAGCUGGUGAAAGCCUUCAAAAAGAAAUUUGCUUGCAAUGGCACUGUGAUCGAGCACCCGGAGUACGGGGAAGUGAUCCAGCUGCAGGGGGAUCAGAGGAAGAACAUCUGUCAGUUCCUCUUGGAAAUUGGGAUCGUGAAGGAAGAGCAGCUGAAGGUUCACGGCUUUUAAGUAAUGUUCGCAGUACCAAGCCAAGACCUCACCACCGUUUACCGUUUACCCUAACAUGCAUUGAACAAUAAAGUUUAGCAACUUGUCUGAUGUAAUCCGCUGAGAGGCAAUAAAAGAAUCGCAAU